GGAGAAUCCUCAACGUUUCUCGAUGUGGGACACGCAAUUCAUCGUAGUUUUUAUCUUGCCUUUCAUCAACCCUGCUCGUUGUAGUCUCGGAUCUACUGCUUCGCACGUAGAAUUUUUAGUCCUUAAACGUCGUAGCUUUAGUCCUAAGGACUCGUAGUUUUAGUAGACCUAAAAAAUCCAAAGGAGCACUACUACAGGUGACCACCGGACAAGCGGGACACCAGGACAACGAAGUGCUGCCGCUGUUAAUCCAAAAGCCGGGUACGCAGCUGGAGUGGCGUCACCUCAAACGCCACGAGUAUCUCCGACACUUAUGCAAGAAUUCUUGAAUAAUUCUUGUCGGAGUCCUUGCUCCGACAUUUCCUGGAGUUCUUUAUCUUGUUUUGGACCACUUGGAGUUUUCCCGCAACAUUUGCUUUGUUUUUGUAUGUAGUGAUGAACAGCUCAAUGGAGUUGUAUGGUGCCGCUUUUCGUCAUUGAGAGCGAAGAUAUAAUGGGAAUGUCGUUCCAAAGUAACAAGGCAAAGGGGGAACGGCAUGCGCCUACCGACAUUCUCAAUGAGUGGAAGCAUUCAGUAGCUCCUGUAGUUGGUCACCGUGAUGAUUACUAGUGGGGAGCAGUCAGUAGUUUGCGAACCUAUAAAGUAUCUAUAAAUAUGAUGAAGAUGAAGGGCCCAAGAAUUGCAAUUGCAAAAAAAGAAGUAAAGAUAUUGGUUGCCCGCUAAUGAAAAUGGAAAAAUUCACGACCUGAAUGAUCCGAUGGCUGCUUAAGGCUGUGAAAAGAUUAAAGAAUAACUCGAGGUCAAGGUGGACUUCCUAGCCUAUCCUAGCCUAGCCUAUGGAAAUAAUAUAUAUCGCUUCACUUGUUCGGACUCGAACUCGAAGUCUGCGUACCUGCCACACGAGCAAGAAGUUUCAAAUUAAUUCAGUUUCAAUGUCCACGAUCAGAACACUCAUUAAUAUAGUUCCGCUAACUUCAGAACAGAGAGGGUUUGGCGGACCUCUGCGUUCUGCCUGCGCAAUAUUUAACGCAUACCGAUAACAUGGACGGAACAAAAGACAGAGA